AUGGAUACCCCUGAACCGCACGGCAAAGCGCUAGCCGUCGAUACGCUAAUCGAUACUGCCGGCAACGGAAAGAACAUGAAUGUUCGGAAAGGCAAUCCGGACAUGAACAAGAACCAACUCUUGUUAGAUAUGCUCAAGAAGAAAAGACAGUCUGAGGCAAAGUUCAUAGAAGAAAAGUACAAAAUUCUCAUGCGGAUGAACCCCGCUGACGUAGCGGUAGCUGGGAUGUUUCGAGCCACAGAUUCACCUACAAUCCCAGAAGUCAUCAGCACUUUGAAGAUGUUCUUCGGCAGACCAGAGCACAUCCUAGAAAGAAUGGUGGAAAAGGUGCGAAGACUGGCGCCACCCAAAGACAGAUUGGAGGCGUUAAUAGAGUACGCGCUGGCAGUGCGAAACGUCUGUGCUACUAUGGAGGCGUGCGAUCUGAAGGCGCAUCUCAACAAUCCAAUGCUGGUCAAGGAGCUGGUAGAUAAGCUUCCCAACCAACACAAGCUAAACUGGGCAAUGCAACCCCGCGACGAUAGAGUGGCCGCAGUCAAGGCGUUCAGUGUUUGGCUGUAUAAAAUCGCAGAGGCAGCGUCAUUAGUGGUGGCGCCAUCGUUUUACAAAACGGGCGCAGUUAAUUCCCACAAUAGUCGCCGCCACCAGCACGAGGACAAACACGAUCGAACGCGAUCCAUACUGAAGCAGCUCAGCAGCAAGUUCAACAGAGACAGACCACAGAGUCACGUGAGUACGCACCGAGACGACAACCACGGAUGUCAGUUCUUUCGCAUCAUUCCAGUCAAGCUGCAUUACGGCAGCAGGCAGACUGAGAUCUACGCCUUUCUAGAUGAAGGAUCAUCCGUGACCUUAGCAGAUGCAUCCGUAUUCCAAAGAUUGGGAAUACAAGGCCAGGCAGCGCCAAUGUGUUUGCAGUGGGCCGCACAGACGACUCGACUCGAGAGUGGGUCCGUGAAAGCAUCCGUCCAAAUCUCGGAAGUGAACUGCGAUAAGGUUUACUGGUUGAACAACGUCCAGACCGUUCAGAACCUAGCAUUACCGAGACAGACAGUCAACAUGAAGGAGCUAUGCGAAAGAUUCCAGCAUUUGAAAGACUUGCCGCUACGGUCCUACUCUGCCCAGCAGACUUUGCUAAUCGGAACUAAUAACUGGAAGCUAGCAGUCCCUCGCAAGAUCCGCGAAGGAAAAUGGAACGAGCCGAUAGCAUCGAAGUGCAUGCUAGGAUGGAGCAUCCAAGGAUCGGCGAACCCACAACGAUUCAUUUUCAUGCACCACUGCGACUGCGACUGGCAAGAACUCUAUGAUGACAUCAAGGAACAUUUCAACCUUGAUGCACUCGUACCACGAAAGCUGUACUCAGCUGAAGAUGAGCUGGCAGCGAAGAUACUGGAAAACACGUGCCAAAAGAAGUCCGGAAAAUAUGAAGUUGGACUUCCGUGGCGCGGUGGUAUCGACAAACUCUCUGAGAGCCGGAGAAACGCUCUGAAGCGGCUUACUUGCAUGAGGAUAAAGGUCUCUCAAGAACCAGAUCUGUAUGAAAAGAUUGACGCCCAAAUCAGGAACCUCCUAGACAAAGGAUACGCGGUUAAGCUAUCCGAGGAUGAAACCAGCCGGGAGAACAGCCGUACAUGGUAUCUGCCAAUAUUCAUAGCGCUGAAUCCAAACAAGCCGAAAAAGAUAAGGCUCGUAUGGGAUGCAGCCGCAAAGGCACACGGACACGCGCUAAAUGACUACCUACUCAAGGGACCAGAUUGCCUGAACCCACUCAUAGAUGUCUUGCUAGCCUUUCGGGUCAACAAAAUAGCGAUUUGUGGUGACAUUGCGGAAAUGUUUCACAGGAUCAACAUUCGCGAGGAGGAUAUGCAGGCGCAGCGAUUUUUGACAAAGGCAGCGACAAAGAAGACACCUAUGGCGCACUACGUUGACGACUUCAUCGAGAGCAUGAGGAACGAACAGGAGGCCAUCCAGAUCACCAGACAAGUCAUAGAAGUACAUCGCAGAGGUGGAUUUGAGAUCCGUACCUGGUCAUCGAAUUCGGAAGAAGUACUUAAAAGCUUUCAGGAUAAUGGCAACGCUGGAACCCAAAAGCCCGUGGAUUUUUGUGCAACAGAAAAGAUAUUUGGCAUGUUCUGGGACCCACAAAAUGAUAUCUUCAAAUUUAUCUGCAUUUAUCUUUUCAAGGCUGAAGCGUGA